GUUCCACGGUCAAUCGACCCGUCUCCUGCUCGUGUCGCCUCGCCUGUCAACAUGUCGCGCUGCCUCGCUCUGGCUCGGUUCGCCUUGGUUUCCUCUCAGCGGGUCAACUCACGACUCGCGUUAUGUGCGCGAGGGCUGAGCAGCUCGAGCACCUCUUGCUCCCUCGCCGGAGCCCUGCAGCAGCAGAGGUGGAGCGGUCGGCCCGGUUCGUGGAGCUCCCCGCGGCGCGGCGUCAGCCGGCAGUCUCUCUACAGCACGCAGGAGGCCGAGAAGGAGCCCGAAGAGGAGCCUCUGCACACCAUCAUCGCCGACACCGAGUCGGUUCAAGGUAGUUUCUCCAAACAUGAAUUUCAGGCUGAGACGAAAAAGCUUCUGGACAUUGUUGCCAGGUCCUUGUACUCGGAGAAAGAGGUGUUCAUCCGGGAGUUGAUCUCCAACGGCAGUGAUGCUCUGGAAAAACUGCGCCAUAAACUGAUGACAGCAGGCGGAGAAACGGCUGAGAUGGAGAUCCACCUUCAGACCGACAACGCCAAGGGCACCUUCACCAUCCAGGACACGGGGGUGGGGAUGAACCAAGAGGAGCUGGUGGCCAACCUGGGGACCAUCGCCCGCUCCGGAUCCAAGGCCUUUUUGGAUGCCCUGCAGGACAAGGCGGAGGCCAGCAGCACCAUCAUCGGUCAGUUCGGGGUGGGAUUCUACUCGGCCUUCAUGGUGGCCGACCAGGUUGAAGUCUACUCUCGGUCCGCUGAGGCCGACGCACCUGGAUACAAGUGGUCCUCAGACGGCUCCGGAGUGUUUGAGAUCGCUGAAGCCAGCGGCGUUCAGCGGGGGACGAAGAUCGUGCUGCACUUCAAAGACGACUGCAAGGAGUUUUCCACCGAGGACCGAGUCAAAGAGGUUGUAACCAAGUACAGCAACUUCAUCAGCUUCCCCAUCUUCCUGAACGGACGCAGGCUCAACACGCUGCAGGCCUUGUGGACGAUGGAGCCGAAGGAGAUCAGCGACUGGCAGCACGAGGAGUUCUACCGCUACGUGGCUCAGGCCUACGACAAGCCGCGCUACACGCUGCACUACCGCGCCGACGCCCCGCUCAACAUCCGCAGCAUCUUCUACGUGCCGGAAUCGAAGCCGAGCCUGUUUGACGUGAGCAGGGAGAUGGGCUCCAGCGUGGCUCUGUUCAGCAGGAAGAUCCUGAUCCAGACCAAAGCCACCGACAUCUUGCCCAAGUGGCUUCGCUUCCUCCGAGGUGUGGUGGACAGUGAGGACAUCCCGUUGAAUCUGAGCAGAGAGCUGCUCCAGGAAAGCGCCCUCAUCAGGAAGCUGCGCGACGUGCUGCAGCAGCGGGUGAUCCGCUUCCUGCUGGACCAGAGCAAGAAGGAGCCGGAGAAGUACGGCAAGUUCUUCGAGGACUACGGCCUCUUCAUACGGGAGGGCAUCGUCACGACCCAGGAGCAGGACGUCAAGGAGGCCAUCGCAAAGCUGUUGAGGUUCGAGUCGUCGGCUCUGCCAGCGGGGGAGCACACCAACCUGACGGAGUACUCGGCCCGCAUGGCGGCGGGCACACGCAACAUCUACUACAUGUGCGCGCCCAACCGCUACCUCGCAGAGCACUCCCCCUACUACGAGGCCAUGAAGCAGAAAGACAUGGAGGUGCUGUUCUGCUACGAGCAGUUCGACGAGCUCACGCUGCUCCACCUGCGCGAGUUUGACAAGAAGAAGUUGAUCUCCGUGGAGACCGACAUCGUGGUGGAUCACUACAAGGAGGAGAAGUUUGAGGACAGCAAGCCCGCCUCCGAGCGUCUGACCCAAGAGCAAGCCGACGACCUGUUGUCCUGGAUGAAGAACGCUUUGGGCCCCCGGGUGACCAACAUAAAGCUGACUCCUCGGCUGGACACCCACCCAGCGAUGAUCACUGUGCUGGAAAUGGGAGCCGCACGCCACUUCCUCCGCACCCAGCAGCUGGCUCGCACCCCCGAGGAGAGAGCUCAGAUACUGCAGCCCACCCUGGAGAUCAAUGCAGGACAUGAUCUGAUCAAGAAGCUGCAGGCGCUGAAGGACACAAACUCUGAGCUGGCCGGUCUGUUACUGGAACAGAUCUAUGAUAACGCCAUGAUCACGGCCGGCCUGAAUGACGACCCCCGGCCGAUGAUUUCCCGCCUGAACGACCUGCUGACUAAAGCUCUGGAGAAGCACUGAGCUGCACGGCCAGAGCGACUGGGUUUGGGUGAAGUAUUUACAGACUUUCAAAGAUGGAGAACUGGAGGCCUCGUGGAUCUGGACUUCCUCUGGAGGACUCCUUUCAUCAUGGAGCGUAAAUGCUUCAGAAGCACAGCUGCCGGAAGAUUCUCCAUAAACACUUGUGAGUUAUGCUCCACGUUCAAUAAGAUUUCAUCACGCUCCAUGUCGCCCACAUGGAUGAAAACCAAACAAUGGUGAUUAAGAGGGCAAAAAGUAAACCAGAUGCAUAAAACAAUUAAAGUAAAUCUGGUUUCUAGACUCAUUUCAAAAUUCUCUUGAUAUACUGUAACUAGAGCAGCUUUAUUGUGAAGUGUGGAUUAGAGCCUUGAAAUGAUAAGACGUCCUCACUGGACAAGAGAUUCUUUUUAUAAGCCCUCUAAUAUUGUUCACAUUAUUUAAUAUUUUGUCGACUGUUGCGGUUCCUAGAGCUGAGGGUGUGUUUCAUGUCUGUUUUCUGAACUCUCAAAUGAAAGGAAAAAAGUUUCACGUAAUUCUGUAUGAGCUGUAUAUGUGACUGGGAAGGUGGAUUCUCAACAAGUGUCAUUGAUAUCAAAGUGCCAGAGAAUCUAAUAAAAUGCAUUUAAAAUAC